UAGCCAAGCGUUGAACCCGACUUCAACUUCCUCCCAACUCUCUCUUCUUACCAUUCAUACAGUAUAUAUAUGUACACAUCCAUCUCUCCUUUCUUUCCUUAAACAGCUCCAGAUUUUUCCUCUGUUUCGUCCUCUUCCAUUCAUGGCUUCUUCUUCUUCUUCAUCUUCUUCCUUAACCAGAGCCUCAGUAACCGUUACCGAUGCCGCCUCUUGGUACUGUGCCAUUGUGCUAUUAGCCUUAAUACUACUCUGCUCAAUCAGAGAGAACAAUUCCCUUCCCGAUGAAACUCAAGUGAAAGGCAACCAGCUUUUAGACAGACCCUGUGAUGAAAUCUACGUGGUGGGUGAAGGCGAGACCCUCCACACCAUCAGCGACAAGUGUGGCGACCCGUAUAUAGUUGAGCGCAACCCGCAUAUCCAUGACCCGGAUGAUGUCUUCCCGGGUCUCGUCAUCAAAAUUACUCCUUCGGAACCCAGAAAGUUGAGGUAGCUGGUUGAAGAGAAAGGAAAGCUCUGUUCUUCUUCUUUCUAGCUUGUAUCGUAUAUAUAUACUUAUACGAGUAUAUGAUUUCUGAUAGGAUUAAUACUUUUAGCUGUUUUGAUUUUGAUACGACUUGUUUUCAUCACAGAGAAUAAAAUUUGACUAUAAAAAUAAACUCUUUGUAUAUAUUUCUUCGUGAGUAAUGAAUCUUCUUCAGUUUUUUUGCCGGUUC